AUGUCCGGCAAUAAAAUGAGUUUCUUCCGCAAGGUUUUUGGAGGCAAGAAAAAAGAAACAAAGGAACCAGAUCAGAAACCAUCGACCAGAUCAUUGACUGAGGUUGAUGUAUUGGUAAAAUUGCGAUCCGUUGAACAAUUGUUGAUGGCAAGACGUGAAAUAUUGGAUAUUAAUACAAAAAAGGAGUUGGCUAUAAUAAAACAAAAUGUUAUCGGCAAUAAACAAGUUGCAAUGAAUGCUUUGAAGCGAAAGAUUUGCUAUGAAAAACAUUCAAAUCAGUUAGAAGGCAUUUUAUUGAUGGUCAUAAAACAACGUUUGGCCUUAGAAAGUGCUAACACAAACACAAUUUUGGCUAAUGUGAUGAAAUCUUCUUUAAGUACCGUUAACAUGGCCAAUGAAAAUAUCAAUAUAGAUGAUAUUCAUAAUAUGAUUGAUGAUAUUACAAAGUCACAUGGUUUAACUCAAGAAAUAUCAGCAGCCUUUUGUAAUUCAACCAGUUCAGAACCAGAUGAAGAUGAGGAAGAAUUACAAAAGGAAUUAGAAAAUCUUGAACUAGAAGAAUUGGACAAACAAAAGGAAUCACGAAAAGAAUUCGAAAAUCUUGGACUAGAAGAAUUGGAUGAACAAGUAAUGAACAUGGAUCGGCUUCUAUCUAUGAAUUAUCCAUUGCCGGUUAUGCCAACAUUUGAACCUCUUGCACAAAUGAAGAAAACAUCUGGACGGAGAAAUUCCAGGAUUCCAUGA